AUGUCCAGCACAACUUUACACCCAAAAGAUGUUGCUAUGGAUGACCCUACGUCGAAAACACGUGAUUUUGGAACCUCCAGACAUUACGAAGAGGAAGACGAGUUGUACACGGUCCAUGUAGAAGUGCGGUUGAAGCAACAAUCAACAGCACGUGUCGACUUCAUAAAAGACCUCGUUAUGGAGCAUCUCAUGCAAGACGACACAAUCUUCGUUCCAAGCGAGAUUACUGGUUGGGAAAUGGAGAGUAGAAUGGAACAAAACGUUCAGCGCAUUACAGCAUGCGAAACAUCGUCGCCAACCAAUACGGUCAAGAUAGAGAAUGCACAUCUAGAGAUUCACGUGUACCAGCCGAUAGCAUGUGAACAAGACGAUCUAUCUACCGGCAAUACAAAGGACGACGUGAUUGCCGCAACGGUGACCGAAUUGCCGUGCAUCGAGUGGGACACCCUUUGGGAUAGUCUCAUCUAUGAUAGCAAUGUCAAACCGCAUCUUCUCAACUACCUAUACUCUACCUUUAUCUUGUCAGAAGCAAACGUAGAUUUCAAUUUGGUCGCCUGGAACAGGCAAGUACCUUUUCAUCGAUUGAUACAAAUCUCAUUGGGAACACAGAGUAGUCCUACUUCAUGGACCGUACGGACGGGCAAGACUUCGUUAUGCAAGGCACUUGCACAAAAAUUGUCGAUUCGCCUCUCUGAACGAUACUCGCAAUGUCGACUUCUGGAAAUCAACUCUCACUCCCUCUUCUCUAAGUGGUUCUCCGAGUCUGGCAAGCUCGUCCAGAAACUCUUUCUCUCAAUUUCAGAACUCGCCGACGACGAGGACGUCUUUUUGGUUGUUCUUAUUGAUGAGGUAGAAUCACUUACCGCUGCUCGCGCCGGUGCCGUCGCUGGACAGGAACCUUCCGAUGCACUACGUGUGGUCAAUGCCCUAUUAACGCAACUAGAUCGGAUGAAACAGCGAAAGAAUGUGCUAUUCUUGGCGACAAGUAAUCUUGUUGGCGCCAUUGACCCUGCAUUCAAGGAUAGAGCGGAUAUUGUCCAGUACAUUGGGCUUCCACCAACCGAGGCCAUCUACGACAUGCUUCACAGUUGCUUGGUGGAACUCAUGGCUAAAGGCAUAGUACAACAGAUGAAUAUCCCAAAUCGACAAAUAUCCGACACGCCCAAUCGAGCGGCGAUGGCGGGAAUCAAGGAAUGGGACGUCUCCUCGUCGCUCUGGGCACUGUCCGCCAAAUGCAAGGGGCUUUCUGGUCGUGCACUACGAAGGCUACCUGUCCUUGCACACGCUCGAGCAAUCGCGCGAGGCGCACCCGUGACAUUAUUCACAGCACCAGCGCGUGAAUCCGCAACGACAUCUGAAUCUUCGAGGAACCGUAUUCACCCAAAACAAAGAACGAGGUCGGCCGAGAAAUGGGUCCAGGACAUGGAGGCUGUCGUCCAAGAAUCUCGAGUGCAACUGGAGAGACUUGAAUAG